UUCUAUAGUUUUGUUCUACUCUUUAUAUAAACUUGAAAACUUGGCUCCUUAUUUUUCAGAAACUCUGCAACCAACUUGAACUUCAAUCGCCUCCAGGAUUUCUUUAUCAAAGAAAAUUUAAAAGCCGAAAAGCCGGACCAUAGAAGUCGCAGUCUUCAAGCAAAGACUACAAAUUUUGUUUUUCCUUCUGCUUCGCAGAAAGUUUCAGGCUGUUAUUGCUUUCAAAUAAACAAGAAGUUCUAGUUCUGCAUAAAGGAUUCUAAACCUACUGGUGGGCAGAACAGCACAGCCUAUCACUUCUGAAUCAGUAGUUGAACAACUGAUGCUACACUUGUAGCAUGGAAUCACACCAGCUUUUUGGAUACAGUGUCACUGGUGCGGGCUUAUCAUACUCAUCUUCUUAUCAAAUUUCUCCUUCAAUACCUAAUAGAUUCUUUGGGUCCUUCAAAUUUGAUAUAGGAAAUUCACCCAGCUCACCCUUCUCGAAUCAUUUUGAUUGUGAUACUAUAACCACAUUGAGCGACAGCAGGGAGCAGUAUAGUACUACUGAUAAUCUUUCAGGAGCCAGCCCUUCUUGUAACUCUUCACUUGAAUCUGGUAAUCAUUUUCAUCAGCUGAGCCCCACAUUGUUGCAAGAUGCAAAUUCUAGCCAGAAUGUAAAAUACACAUUGCUGCAAUUGGAGACUGCUCUAAUGGCACCUGAUGAUGAAGACAUAACUAUGUCUGAUACUUCUUUGGGGGAGAGUAGUAGACCACAGACAUCAGGUCAGACGACUAGGGCUUGGAGCCAGGACCACCAUGGUUCUUGUGUUAUUCAACCUCGGCAACGGCAAUCAGAUGAAGGUGCUCUUAUUGAGGAACAUCAAAAACAAAUGGAGGAAGCAAAAUUUCAAAGUAUUCCACCAGGAAACCUGAAGCAAUUGCUCAUUGCUUGCGCUAAAGCUCUGGCAGAAAACAACAUCAAUGAUUUUGAUAAAUUGAUUGGAAAGGCUAGAAUUGCAGUGUCUAUUGGUGGAGAGCCAAUCCAGCGCCUUGGUGCAUACUUGGUAGAAGGCUUGGUAGCAAGGAAGGAGCUAUCGGGCAAUAACAUUUACCGUGCCCUUAGGUGUAGAGAGCCUGAAAGCAAUGACUUGCUGUCGUAUAUGCGGAUCCUAUAUGAAAUUUGUCCUUACCUGAAGUUUGGCUACAUGGCAGCCAAUGGAGCCAUUGCUGAAGCAUGCAAAAAUGAUGAACGGAUCCAUAUCAUAGACUUCCAAAUUGCUCAGGGUACCCAGUGGAUAACUCUCCUCCAAGCUCUUGCAGCAAAGCCAGAUGGAGCUCCACAUGUGCGUAUUACAGGUAUUGAUGAUCCUGUUAAUAAACAUGCCCGUGGUGAUGGCUUAGAGGCAGUUCACAGACGAUUAGCUGCGAUAUCUGAGAAAUUUAAUAUCCCUAUAGAGUUUCAUGGUGUGCCAGUUUUUGCUCCUGAUGUCACACCGGACAUGCUUGAUAUAAGGCCUGGGGAGGCUCUGGCAGUGAACUUCCCCUUGCAGCUCCAUCACACUCCUGAUGAAAGUGUUGAUGUGAGUAAUCCAAGGGAUGGGCUACUUCGAAUGGUCAAAUCACUUAAUCCCAAGGUGGUAACAUUGGUGGAGCAAGAAUCGAAUACAAACACAACUCCUUUUCUCACAAGGUUCAUAGAAACUCUGGACUACUACUUGGCAAUGUUCGAGUCCAUAGAUGUGACACUGCCAAGGGACCAAAAGGAGCGUAUUGGCGUGGAGCAGCAUUGUUUAGCCAAGGAUAUUGUGAAUGUUAUUGCUUGCGAGGGAAAGGAGAGGGUGGAGCGCCAUGAGCUCUUCGGCAAGUGGAAGUCUAGGCUCAUAAUGGCUGGUUUCCGGCAAUACCCAUUGAGCUCCUAUGUCAACUCUGUUAUAAGGAGCUUGCUGAGGUGUUACUCGGAACAUUACACGCUGGUGGAGAAGGACGGAGCUAUGUUGUUGGGCUGGAAGAACAGGAAUUUGAUAUCUGCUUCUGCUUGGAAUUGAUGUCAUAUCAGAGGAGGUGGACAUUGAUAGGUACAACAAUAACUACCUGCAACUUUCAUAAUCGGGGUAGGCCAGUCCUGUAGGAUAAUGAUAAAACUGUCAUGCAACGUUUAGAGGGUUGAACGAUUUUGCAAGUCUACAAUUCAUUUCAUGUAAUCCUGUGUAACACUUGAAUGAUGAUUUCUUUCUGUAUAGUAACUGUUUUUUCUUUAGAGGAUUACUUUCAGUUCUUUAUUUGCUGUUCACUUGGGAACCCAUCAGAUUCAGAAGUAUAUUCUUUCCAAUUGCUUACUAAGUAGAGGAUGCUUUAUGUUUUCAA